AUGCUCAGCCCCUUCUUUUCCAAAUCGUCUACACGUGCACUGGAGAAGGUUUUGUUCUCCAAGGUCAACAAGCUUUGUGAAAGGAUAUCUGCUGCUCGACCAAACGGACCUGUUCAUCUGUAUCAAGGCUUCAGGAGUUUAACAGUCGACGUCAUCAGUGAAUUCGCGUUCGGCGAAUCCUUCAACCUCCUUACCGACGCCGAAGAUAACACAUUCAGCGCGCCCAUCCUCGAUACAUUCAACCAAACAAUCGCAACUACCUGGGAGCUGAUUCAGUUCCCAAUCCUCCGCAUCAUAGCCAUCAAUGCGCCCCUCGCGCUCGCAGCGAAGCUCAGCACGGCCGCGGCAAAACAACGAGUUCUUUUUGACGCCGUACAGGCGGCGAUUGAUAAGUUCCGCAGUCUGCAGAAAUUGGGCAAGAGCUUUGACCAUGUUGUGAUUUUCGAUCAGAUGGAGGGGUUGAAGGAUAGAGAUUUGUUGGCGGAAGCAACGGAGGUGUUGAUCGCGGGGUCGGAUACGACGGCGACUACACUUUCGGUUGCGAUUGAGGAGAUGAUUAAGAAGCCGGCUGUGUGGGAGAAGUUGAAGGGGGAAGUUAAAGGAGCGGGGCUUGUGACGGAGCAGGACUAUGAGACGCGGAAGAUUGAACAGCUUCCAUUCUUGGCUGCGUGCGUGAAAGAAGCUAUGCGCUACGCCAUGGCAGUUCCUGGUCGACUUCCCAGAGUCGUACCCAAACCUGGUAUGGGAGCUGAGCCACUGGUAGUCGACGGGAAGCUUAUUCCAGCUGGCUCCCGCGUCAGCAUGUCCGCCUAUACCGUACACUUCGACACCACCAUCUGGGGCUCUGAUGCGCGCACCUUUCGCCCCGAGCGCUGGCUCGCACCUAACGCGAAGCAUCUGGAGAAAUACCUGGUCAAUUUCUCAAAAGGCGCAAGGCAGUGUCUAGGGAUCAAUCUCGCGAAUGCUGAAACAAUGUUAACGCUUGCUAUGCUAGCGAAUCAGUUUCGCUUCACGCUUGAUGAAUCACUGGUAAAGGCGGAUCUUGAGAAGAUGGAUUAUUUCGUUGUAGGUGUGGAGGGAACGGGUUUGCGCGCUCAUGUUCACGAAGAUGUUGAUGAUGGGAAGGAAAGUCACUAG